GGAAGAACGAUCGUUAAAAAAUGGAAAAUUAUACAAACUACUACUUAAAAUUUACAUUAACAACUUUGUAAUCAUUCUUCAUGGAUUCUGUCGAAAUAAAAAGAUUUAAAAUGUCCCGCAAUCACAAGGACAAAUAUGAAAACUCUAACCCACGUCGUACUAACACUUUCAUGUCCACGGAGGAUGCCAACUCUGGGAAGAAAUCUUAUUGGCCGGAGUUGGAGAUAACAGGCAGUGUAAGAAAUCUGAGUCCAAACUUAUGGCAGUUAACACAUUUGACAGCAUUAUAUCUCAAUGAUAAUAGUUUGCAAAGGAUACCACCUGAGAUUGGUCGGAUGGUUAACCUGCGUGCUUUAGAUCUCAGUAGCAACAAAUUACGUAGUUUGCCAGCAGAACUGGGGGACCUCAUCUACCUCAGAGAGUUAUUAUUGAAUCAAAAUUAUCUUCGAGUGUUACCGUACGAAUUAGGAAAGUUGUUCCAAUUGAAAGUGCUUGGACUUCAGGGUAAUCCACUCAGCAAAGAAGUGAUGGCGUUAUAUGGUGAACCUUCAGGAACUAACAAGCUGCUUUCAUACAUGUUGGACAACUUACAAGAUGGACAUAGGUUUUUUUUAUGCUGACGGUAGUGUAGAAAACUUACGAAACAAACGUAUUAUACAUUGAGAUACAUCGUUGAAUUUUAAAUAAAUUGGACAAAAAAGGAGUUUAUAACAAAAAAGCAUGAAUGCAACAUCGGUCAAAUAUAGUAAAAUUCUUAAGUGAGUUUAAUAAAUAGCUGUGCAAAAUUACGUAAAAAUCAUGUAUCACUUACCGAAUAUCCCUUGUAAGUUUAAACGAAUAAAAUCCGUAGAUAUAGCUUCACACAGAAGUACUGGAUUUUAUUAACUUAUAAGCAAAACAGUAUAAUAUUUUAAAAGCUGAUAGUUUAAUGACUUUUUGUAAACUAAUACAAUUCUAAUCCUUUUAAUGCUAUGGACGCAUAUACGUGUUCAGGGUAAAUUGCUCGCUAUGCCCUGGGGAUGCAUAUGUGCUUUUAGAGUAAGAAUAUGAAUCAACUGUUUAUAUUUAGCAAUAAAUACUUUUGCUAGUUUGAGAAAUAAGACUGUAUUUUAGUAAAUACAUCCUAUAUCUUAUUAUACACUUUGCGCAACCACAAGAUAUGGAAUAAUUUCCGUAUGCAGGACCUAAUAUUAUUGUUCUAGCCAUCAAGAUUGUUUUUUAAGUGCGUUGUUUCAACACCUAAUUGUAAGGCAGUUAUCUAAAUAUUUAUAGCAUUUAGUAAUAAAGUUUAGCGACCGUUAAAUUUGAAAAUUUUGAGAGAAGAUAAAUAUUGAUUCAAUAUCAAUAACUGAGUAAUUCAGUUACACUUGAUAUGUGUUACACGUAUGAAGAGAAUUCUUAGAUUAUUUUAAAAAGUUAAAUGAUGUAUGGAAAUAUCUCUCUUCUAAGAUGCUUUCGACAGUGUUCUUAACUAUAAAAGUUUAAGAUCACACAUAUAUUUUGAAGUUGAAAGUAUAGUAAUAAUAUCAAUAGUAUGUGCAGCUUUAUAGACUUUUACAAUGUGUAUUUAAAAUAAUUGAGAAUUGAAAAACAACUCCAACCUCUAUUGUCUAUAUGUUCGUAGAGAAGCGAAAUUUGAAUAACUUUUGAUCUUAUGUGAGUAACUGAUAGCCGAAAACAAUAGUGAGGUAAAACUACCAGAACUGGAAAUACUUGUUUCCAUGCCUUUGUAAAAUUUUCACGAAAAUAUAUGCAUUUAAUCAAUUAA